CAGCCAUGUCCGGCCUCGAGAAAGCCCUUUUCCAGCUCAAAUUCACGGCCAAGUCACUGAACCGACAAGCCGCGAAAGCCGGCAAAGAGGAGACGGCCGAGAAAGCCAAGAUCAAGAAGGCGAUGCAGCAGGGAAACAACGACAUCGCCAAACUCUACGCGCAGAACGCAAUCCGCAAACAGAACGAGCGGCUGAACCUUCUCCGGCUCGCGUCGCGCAUCGAUGCGGUCGCGAGUAGGGUGCAGACUGCUGUCACCAUGAGACAGGUCUCCGGGAGCAUGGCGAACGUGGUCAAGGGCAUGGAUGCGGCCAUGAAGACGAUGAAUCUUGAGAGGAUCUCGGUCGUGAUGGACAAAUUCGAGCAGCAGUUCGAGGACUUGGAUGUUGCUGUGGGAUACUACGAGAAUGCCACUAGCUCUGCCACGGCCGUUGGGACGCCUCAGGAGGACGUGGAUCGCCUCAUGGGGAAGAUUGCGGAUGAGGCCGGGCUCGAGAUGGAGCAGGACAUGCCCGAGGCUACCAAGCACAAGGUCGGGCCGACUGAGCAGGAGGAGAAUGGGCUUAAUGAGCGGCUGCGGGCUCUGAGGGGGUAGACCAAUGAUGGAUAGCCUGGCAGGCUACGAAGGAAAUCUGGGAACACCAGGUUGUCGAUUACGGGCGUUUAGGCGUUGGUGCUUGGUCGUUUGGGGUUGCCCUUGUGUGCUCGUUUCUCAUACUCGUCUCGAUUAUCCUACUACCUACUAUAGCAAGAGCGGGGAGCGAUGACAGGAAAUUUCAAGGAGUUUCUUUUCACGAAUAGGGUUUAUAUCUGAAAGCAGUCAAUUCUUUUAUACACUA